UUAUUUAAAAGAAUUCACUUUUAUUUUACCGCUAAAUAUAACGUUCUGCCCACAACUCCAUGGCAGAAGACACCGAAGCUCAAGUUCAAAGUCCAAAACUCGCCAAAGCAUGAGUGCCAUUGUUGAUGGCUUUCUUCUCUCGCUUUUGCUCUUUAAAAACUUUAUAUCUGCCCUUGGAAACAUCAGCCAAAUUUCUACAAUUAUGUGCAGCUUCAACUUCCACUUCGACCCAAACAAUCUCAUCAACCAGGAAGACUUUCUCUCAUAUGUUUCAGGAAUGCUCCAACCGGAGAGCUCUAAAACCAGGUAAGGAAGCUCAUGCCCAUAUGAUUCUAUCUGGGUUCACUCCCACUGUGUUUGUAACCAAUUGUUUAAUCCAAAUGUAUGUCAAAUGUUGCGCUUUGGAAUAUGCAUUCAAGGUGUUUGAGGAAAUGCCACACAGGGACAUUGUGUCUUGGAACACCAUGGUUUUUGGCUGUGCAGGGGCUGGAAGAAUGGAGCUUGCACAGGCGGUGUUUGAUUCCAUGCCUCAUCAUGGAGAUGUGGUUUCCUGGAAUUCUUUGAUUUCUGGGUACUUGCAGAAUGGUGACAUACAAAAGUCGAUUGCUAUCUUUUUGAAAAUGAGAGGUCUGGGAGUUAUGUUUGACCAUGCUACGCUGGCUGUUUCUUUAAAAGUUUGCUCUUUGUUGGAAGAUCAGGUUUUGGGAAUUCAGAUUCACGGUAUUGCCGUUCAAUUGGGUUUUGAUUAUGAUGUUGUGACAGGGAGUGCUUUAGUGGAUAUGUAUGCCAAGUGUAACAGAUUAGAGGAUUCACUUGAUGUUUUUUCUGAAUUGCCAGAUAAGAAUUGGAUUUCAUGGAGUGCUGCAAUUGCAGGCUGUGUUCAGAAUGAUCAGUUGCUUAGGGGCCUUAAACUAUUCAAAGAGAUGCAGAGAGAGGGAAUUGGGGUGAGUCAAUCUACUUAUGCUAGUGUCUUUAGGUCUUGUGCAGGAUUAUCAGCCUGUAGAUUAGGUACUCAGUUGCAUUGCCAUGCAUUAAAGACUGACUUCGGAUCCGAUGUUAUUGUAGGAACUGCCACUUUGGAUAUGUAUGCUAAGUGUCACAACAUGUCUGAUGCCUACAAGCUAUUUAGCUUGUUGCCAGACCAUAACUUACAAUCUUACAAUGCCAUGAUAAUUGCAUAUGCUCGAAAUGAGCAAGGGAUUCAAGCUUUUAAGCUAUUUCUUCAGUUGCAGAAGAACAGUUUUAGUUUUGAUGAAAUAUCUCUUUCUGGUGCAUUAAGUGCAGCUGCAGUAAUCAAAGGGCACUCCGAGGGGAUCCAAUUACAUGGAUUAGCCAUCAAAUCUAAUUUAUCGUCAAAUAUCUGUGUCGCAAACGCCAUCUUGGAUAUGUAUGGCAAAUGUGGAGCUUUAGUUGAGGCUUCUUGCCUGUUUGAUGAAAUGGAAAUAAGGGAUGCGGUGUCUUGGAAUGCUAUCAUCACAGCUUGUGAGCAGAAUGAAAAUGACAGGAAAACGCUCUCACAUUUUGGUGCAAUGCUACGUUCAAAGAUGGAACCUGAUGAGUUCACGUAUGGUAGUGUUUUAAAAGCUUGUGCAGGUCAGCAAGCUUUCAGUAAUGGCAUGGAGGUUCAUGGAAGAAUUAUCAAAUCGGGAAUGGGUCUCAAAAUGUUUGUAGGAAGUGCGCUCGUUGAUAUGUAUUGCAAAUGUGGAAUGAUGGAAGAGGCAGAAAAGAUCCAUUACCGGCUGGAAGAACAAACAAUGGUCUCAUGGAAUGCAAUCAUUUCAGGAUUUUCAUUGCAAAAGAAAAGUGAAGAUUCACAAAGAUUUUUCUCUCAUAUGUUGGAAAUGGGUGUAGAGCCUGACAACUUCACUUAUGCAACUGUUCUAGACACUUGUGCUAACUUAGCUACGGUUGGACUAGGAAAGCAAAUCCAUGCACAAAUUAUCAAGCUGGAACUGCUAUCAGAUGUGUACAUAACCAGCACUCUUGUUGACAUGUACUCGAAAUGUGGAAAUAUGCACGAUUCUCUACUUAUGUUUCGGAAAGCUCCCAAACGGGAUUCUGUCACAUGGAAUGCCAUGAUCUGUGGAUGUGCCUACCACGGUCUUGGGGAAGAGGCUCUUGAGCUUUUUGAACAUAUGCUCCAUGAGAAUAUAAAACCAAACCAUGCAACUUUUGUUUCGGUCCUCCGAGCCUGUUCGCAUGUGGGAAAUGCUAAGAAGGGCCUAUUUUAUUUUCAGAAAAUGGCAAGUAUCUAUGCUUUAGAACCUCAACUUGAGCACUACUCAUGUAUGGUGGAUAUUUUAGGGAGAUCAGGCCAAGUAGGAGAAGCAUUGAGACUAAUUCAGGACAUGCCAUUUGAAGCAGAUGCAAUUAUAUGGAGAACUUUGCUUAGUAUUUGCAAAAUUCAGGGAAAUGUAGAAGUAGCUGAAAAGGCAGCUAGUUCACUUUUGAAAUUGGAUCCAGAAGACUCGGCUGCUUACACCCUUCUAUCAAAUAUAUAUGCUGAUGCAGGCAUGUGGCAACAAGUCUCAAAGAUUAGACAAACAAUGAGAUCUCACAAUUUGAAAAAGGAGCCAGGUUGCAGCUGGAUUGAGGUAAAAGAUGAAGUACAUACAUUUCUUGUUUGUGAGAAAGCACAUCCCAAAUGUGAAAUGAUCUAUAGCCUGCUUGAUUUGUUGAUUUGCGAUAUGAGAAGGUCUGGAUGUGCCCCUGAAAUAGACACCAUACAAGUUGAGGAGGUUGAAGAAAAUAGGCAUCAAAAAGUGAAAUCCAACGGAUUUUCUUAG